AUAAUUGCUUGUCCAUUGAAGAACUGACUUUAAAGUGACAUUUGUAAGCUAGUAGAGGAAAGAAAGGAUUUUAAAGGAUCUUCGCAAUGGACAUUUCUUCGAUGCUUGAAGUCGAAGUCCAAGAGAUGGUAGAUGUAACGCCAAGUCAUACAUCAAAUCACAAUUUUCCAUGUCAAAUUGUUUCUAAGGAAGAGAAUGAUUUUUAUCAAUUAACAUAUGGCAGUGAUGUUGCUUCUAUACGUUUCCUCAAACUUCAUUGUACAGCUUGCGACGAACACAUUGGUUCUGCACCUAUAGAAGCAUGCAAUAUGCAUCAACAUCCAGUUUUGCGUACAUUACUAUGUACCAAGUGUCGUGAAUUUUAUGGAGAUGGUAGUUUUGAACAAGGAGAUGAUGCUACAGAUAUGUUUUGUAGAUGGUGUGCAAAUGGUGGAAAUCUCUAUUGUUGUUCUUAUUGUAGCAAUACUUUUUGUAGUAAAUGUAUAAAAAGAAAUCUUGAUCUUCCAACUAUAAAGAGAAUAGAAGCCGAAGACAGUUGGAAAUGCUUUGUUUGUGAUAUCAAAGAUUUAUUUCCGUUACGAUCGCUCGCCCGAGCACUUUUAACACAUAUUGAAACAGUAACUAGAAUAUUGAAAAAUGAUAAUCAAAUGAGUUCAAAAGAUAUUGAAGAAAAAAUGCACCUUGACGAGACAAGAUGCUGCUCGCGUAAACGUAAGCGUCAAAGACAAUCAAGUCUGGUUAUUAGUUCGGACAAUGACAAAGACGAUUCUACUUAUAUUUCCUCGGAUGAAGAAUCCAAUGUUCUACCAAUGAAAAAACGAAAAGUGGAAAUUGUCCGUAAUAUUUAUAAUAAUAGUUAUUUACAACAUAAAAACUCUUGCGGUACCAAUUGCUCUUCGAAGCUUAAAACUGCUAUCGAUGCAACAGAUCUUAUGAUACCAUGUGAACAGACAAUGCUUGAGAGUAACACGGAAGAUAUAAAUCCUAAUAAAUCGUACAAUAUUUCAGAACUUCCAAUAACACAAAGUCUCGUUAAAAAAAAAUAUACUCGGCAAAAACAACAAGUCCAACAAUUGCAGAAACAACAAUUGCAACAGCGCAUACAGAAAAUUGCACCCAAUAAUUCUAUAGCAAUAAAUCCAGUUCCUCUAACAAAUCUUCUAAAACUUACUUUGUCAUCCGGCUUGAAGCAGUUCAAGGUUACCCAUGCACCAAAUAAAAAAUUGGUAACUGUACCAAUGCCGGUGAUGCCUAUGUCAGAGACUACAAAUAGCAUUACAUAUGAAAAACCAACAUCUCGUUUCUCAAUGUCUGAAAAUGUUCUGUCUCAACCGCAUAAAAAGCCAACCGUACAAUCAUCAAAUAUUAUAAAUCUUGACAGCGACGAUGAACCAGUGAUUUUGGAAAACAGUGUUGACCUACACAAUAGCAAUACUGUUACGAGUAACAGUACGAUAAAUAGCAGUGAUAAUGUAGGAAGUCAACCGGUAGAAUUGGCAAGCAAGAAAUUAACAGUGAUGAAAAAAAAGUCAACAGCGAUAAAUACAAUAAACAAUCAAUCGAAAUUAACAAAUAAAGUAAACAAAAAUUUUAAAAUUCACCAGCGACAUAACAGGUUCAAGAAGACAUUAUUAUUACAAAGACAAGAGAUCGACAAUACAGUAGAGCACUUAAAAACAAAGAUUAUUAAAUUUGUGCAAAUAUAUAAUAAAAGUAUAAAAUCUAAUCUAAACCAACAUAUAAUACGUUCAGCUGCAGUGUGUACGCAACGUUUUCAUCAAGCAAUACAAAAAGCUGUAGUAGAAUUAUCGCGCAUAAAUGAUAAGGUGAUGAAAGAUUAUGUAUGUUGGAGGAAGAAGACUAAAAUAAUAUCUAAUAACCGUCAACUAAAAAUUUCAAAAGAAACUGAAAAUAACAAUAAAGAAGAAGAAUAUAAUGAGAAUAAAGAGAAAAGUACUAUAAGUGUCCAAUCUGCAUUGAAAGAUGAUUUGACUCUAGAGAUGAUCUGUGUCAGAGAUUCGGCAUCCGAGUCCGACGACGAGAAAAAUAAGCAAAAUAAUUCAGGAAAUACUUUAACAGAAAAAAAUGUGACCACGGUAUUCUCGCCAAUUGUCAAACCAAUAACCAUAAUCAAAAGUAAAUUGUCAGCAACGAAAGCUGUGGGCAAUGACUCGGUCCUGAUGAAGAAUAAAGCCUACCAGGUGUACGAUGUGCCUUGGAAAGAUUAUGAAAAAUGCAUUGGAUAUUCUAAAUUACGAAGACUCGAUUGUAAUUCAGACAAGCAAAAGGAAGUGUUGCCGCCCGUUGUUCUAACUAACAAAGAUUUCGGAAAGUAUCAGGAACAAUAUCUAUUUUACCUUCAACAUAUUGAAGAUUUUGGUAUUGAGACGGAUGAAUUGAGGGGUUUAUCGAAGCAAAAUCAUAUUCCAUUAAAGGAUCUGAUGGAUCGUACGUCACCUUUCAUUGUAAAUAUGCUCGAGCGAUUUAGUCCUAUGACCCUUUCCAAUGGAUGCAUUUCACCACCAUUAUUGUCCGAAACCUUCUCCAUUACCAAUAAACCCAAAACUCCAUCAGCUCCUACUUCCCUUUCGCAUUAGUCUAAAAAA